UGUUAGCAGGCUAACUAGAGAAAGAAAGCUAACUAAUCGUGAGAGUGGAAGUGGAGCUAACGUUAAUGGAAACGCCAACUGUCAAAACAGCUAGCGGAGCAGAAAUCUUACUGAAGUGAUACUUCUGGUAGAUGACUUCAGGAACAGAUUUGUAUCUAGUUCAUGAAAGACCGUGUUUAUCAGAUGCCCGAGGAGCAUUUUGGAUACUACAUCGGUUGUCCCAUUUCCAAACGGAAACCAUUUCUGGACAGUUAGUUCGUGCUAGCUAGCUAGCAAAGUGAAUCAACCAGGAGACUUUUUAUUGUCACCCUUAAACCCAAACUGAAUGUUUUGUCUGUCAUGAGUCCGGCCGGGUGUUCCCAUGUGAACGGUUAUAAGGUGGAUAAUUGGAAACAAAACCUACGAGUCAUAUACCAAUGCUUUGUUUGGAGUGGUACUGCUGAGACGAGGAGACGCAAGGUGCUUCAGAGUGAUGCAGGAUGGACAGAGUUGGCCAAGUCGUGCAUCUGUCACAUGUGUGGAGCCCACCUGAACCGACUCCACUCCUGUCUCUACUGCGUCUUUUUCGGCUGCUUUACGAAGAAACACAUCCACGAGCACGCGAAAAAUAAAAGACACAACCUAGCGAUAGACUUAUUAUACGGUGGAAUAUAUUGUUUUGUGUGUCAAGACUACAUUUACGACAAAGACAUGGAGCAGAUUGCCAAAGAGGAACAGAGGAAAGCCUGGAAAUUGCAAGGCAUAGGGGAGAAAUACACGACGUGGGAGCCAACCAAGAGGGAACUAGAAUUAUUACGACACAAUCCAAAGCGGCGGAAAAUCACUACGAACUGUACCAUAGGUUUACGAGGGUUAAUAAACCUGGGCAACACUUGUUUCAUGAACUGUAUCGUUCAGGCCCUCACACACACACCGCUGCUGCGAGACUUCUUUCUCUCCGACAGACACAAGUGCGAGAUGCAAUCAAACUCCUGUCUGGUGUGUGAGAUGUCGCAGCUCUUUCAGGAGUUCUACUCGGGCCAUCGUUCGCCCCACAUUCCCUUCCGGCUGCUGCACCUGGUGUGGACUCAUGCACGUCACCUCGCAGGAUACGAGCAGCAAGACGCCCACGAGUUUCUCAUCGCAGCGUUGGAUGUACUACACAGGCACUGCAAAGGAGACACCAUCAGAGAUGACAACGGGAAGAAGGCCAACAAUCCAAACCACUGUAACUGCAUCAUUGACCAAAUCUUCACUGGGGGCCUGCAAUCAGAUGUUACCUGUCAAGUCUGCCAUGGGGUUUCCACGACGAUAGAUCCAUUCUGGGACAUCAGUCUGGAUCUUCCUGGCUCGUCCACACCUUUCUGGCCCCUCAGCCCUGGAGGGGACGGCAGCACGGUGAAUGGGGAGAGUCAUCUGUCAGGGUCCACCACGCUUACAGACUGCCUACGCAGGUUUACGCGGCCCGAGCAUCUAGGAAGCAGUGCCAAAAUCAAGUGCGGCGGUUGCCAUAGUUACCAGGAGUCCACCAAACAGCUGACAAUGAAGAAGCUCCCCAUCGUAGCAUGUUUCCAUCUCAAACGGUUUGAGCACUCUGCUAAACUGCGGAGGAAGAUCACUACAUACGUUUCCUUCCCUCUAGAGUUGGACAUGACGCCCUUCAUGGCAUCCAGUAAAGAGAGCAGAAUGAACGGGCAGUACCAACAGACGGUUGAUGUUUUAAACAACGACAAUAAGUAUUCCUUGUUUGCGGUGGUCAACCACCAAGGCACGUUAGAGAGCGGCCACUACACCAGCUUCAUCCGCCAGCACAAAGACCAGUGGUUCAAAUGUGAUGAUGCCAUAAUCACCAAGGCCAGCAUUAAGGAUGUACUUGAUAGUGAAGGGUAUCUCUUAUUCUACCAUAAACAGUUCCUCGAGUACGAGUAGUCUUCGAGACCACUGACCACGAAGAACCACUGCUUCUAAUGACAGAGUCCAGUGACUGGGGACAGGAUGAGACACAAAAAAAACACACAAACCUACCUGAUACUCUUUGACUACCAGUCUGCUCCUCCAGCUGUGGAGGACAAAACUGAAUAAAAGAAAAAAAGACGUGUGAAAUCAUGCAACCUUUCAAAAGAAAAAAAUCAAGCACUGAGCUACUUCUUGGCAUCUACUUGACAAAACUGAAUGAAGAGGAGAGAAGAAGGAGGAGGAGGAGGAGGUAGUUGUCGGUUCCAGGCUCGGGAAGAGGUGAAGACGCCCCACCACACCCUUCACUUUCUCUCUCUCUCUCUCUUUCUCUCCCUUUCCCAUCCUGCUGCAGGGGCAGAGUGUGAGCCUGACUGGCCGUCGUUGAUUGGGCACAUCUGGAUCUUUUUCUUACAGUAUUCUGACCCCCCCCCCCACACACACACACUCUUUCUCCAUUUCUCUCCCAUGGUGCUCUCGUUUCAACUGACCAAGCAUUUAACUUAGUCAUCAUGGAGGACAGUUUGUUGUCAUAUGCAUAUGGGACUGAAUGCAAAAGAAAAAAAAUAAAGAUCAACGUAUUAUAUGAA